UGGUCACAGUCUUGAAGAACUUGUUAUUGUUGAAAUCUCUAAUCACUGAAAUCCAACGAAAUUUCGAGUGCCAAUGUACGAUAAAGAAUCCUUUCACGUGUUUCGCGAUGAAGGGACAUCAUCGGACAUAAAAGAAAAAAUUAAUCGUUCGAACCUUCCUCGAAAAGCAAGAAAUUUCAGCAAACAACAACUGCAGCUUGCCCUAAGAAAAAAGAAAGAAUGCAAUGCUAAAGCUCAGGCUAUUGUUGAAGCACUGUUGGACCCGAUUGAGGAUCGCAAUUUGUUUUUAGUUAAGUUGCGAGAUAUCAAUCAAAGUCACUAUGAUGAUGUUAUCGAGGAAAGAGCUAUCCAGGGAAUCUGUGGUUAUCCACUUUGUAGCAAACAUCUCACAAAUGUGCUUAAACAAAAAUACGUGAUAUCCUUAUCAAACAAAAAAGUAUAUGACAUAACUGAACGGAAAAAAUUCUGUAGCGGAGAAUGCUUCAAGGCUUCUAAUUAUAUUAAAAGUCAGAUGCUAACCAGUCCUCUAUGGUUGCGGGAUCAGGAAGAUAUUCCACACUUUAAACUGCUUCAUGAUACCAGAGCAGUUGAAUCCGUCACCAAUGUCGAAUCGUUGAUAUCCGAAUUACACAUUGUAGAGAAGGUAGUUCACGACAGUUAUAAAAGUGAUACCGGUAGUUGUUUUCGGCAAAGUAUAGGAGAUGACAGUGCAGUAAAGUUGAACACUGGACUCGAAUCAAAAUGUUCCACAAGUGAUGACAGUGAUCUAUGUUUAGGACUUGAAAAAAUUAAUAUUACAUAGCAUUUUUACGUAUUCUAAUAAGUAUUGAAGUAAUAAAUUUAACACUGUGAAAUAUAAAGCUAUAUACAUGACUAUCUCAAGCUACUUGUUUACUUAAUUGAAUUUCAGGAAGUUCGCUUUUCAAAAUGAUCUGAACUAUCUACAAGAACUAAUCCGAUGUUCAUACUUAAACCAGAAAAAAAACAUCGCCCAGUUUGGCGGUUCAAUGCAUAGGGCGUUGGUCUUACAAGCCAGUUGUAUGUUCGAGCCCCGACCUGAAAGGAUUCUUAGUGUCAGUAGGAUCGCAGUACUAGCAAUGCAAUCAUUCUGUACGCUAUGAAUCGGUUGCGAAGUUUGCUGAAACAGAAAGGUCAAAUUCCGCAAAAGGAAUGUCUUGGCGACUUUGCUUAUGAAAACAUAUUGCACUUCGAUGGGAAUGAGUGUGUUGCAAAUAAGAACACUCAAACGAAAAGUUAAUUAAAUAAGAACAGCUGGAUGGCACUAGCAGUAUUUCAAUAUGAACUGCUCAUGCACUAAUGAGUGUAAGGCG